AUGGCGGCCACAGCAGCAAAGUCGUCCUUUGUCCCCCUCCCCGUAUCGUUGGCGGCGACCAUCGCGCGGUACCACAUCGCCCCCGAGGCAGGCCCCGACGGCGACGAUGACGCACACAUGGCCGUCGAGCUCGCGCAGGCGGCGCACCGCGUCCGGCUCGUCAAUCUCUGGCGCAUCCCGCCCGGCAGCCGCGUCCUCGAGAUUGGAUGCGGCCAGGGCACCUUGACGGCCGUGCUCGCCGAGGCCGUGGGGCCCGAGGGGCGCGUCGACGCCGUGGACCCGGGCAGCCCGGACUACGGCGCGCCCUGGACGCUCGGCCAGGCGCAGGCACGGCUCUCGGCCUCGCCCGUCGGCGGGCGCAUCGCGUGGCACAACGCCGAGCCGGGCGCGUUCCUGGCGGCGGCGGCAGACCGGGACGACGGCGACGGGCCGCCAGCGUCAUGGGACGUGGUCGUGCUGGGCCACUGCAUCUGGUACUUUGCCUCGCCCGACACGCUGUCCGCCAUGCUCGCCGCGCUCAGGGGCCGGGCGGCGACCCUCCUCGUCGCCGAGUACGCCCUCACGGCGGCGGACAAGGCGGCGGUGCCGCACGUGCUGGCGUCGAUGGCGCGGGCGUUUCUCGAGGCGCACAACGAGGCCAGCGAGGCCAACAUCCGGUGCCUCGCCAGCCCGCAGGGCAUCACCGAGGCGGCGCGGGCUGCCGGCUGGCGCCUCGACGGCGAGGACACGGUGGUCCCGGACGAGGCCCUUCAGGACGGCUCGUGGGAGGCGGGCUCCGUCAAGAGCGCGGCCUUUCUCGACGAGAUUGCCGCUCACGUCCGCGAGGCGCCCGUGCAGGCGCUGCUGCGGUCGUCGAGGGACGCCGUCAUCGGUGCCAUGGCGGCGCUGGGUGGUGGGAGCAAGGUGCGGACAAUGGACGUCUGGGUGGCGCGGUUCAAUUGAUGCAGCCAGCAGGCGAGCGUGCUGCGAAUGGCUAUGAUGUACAGUUUAGAGAGGGAGCUCUCUCAGCGUGCUAGCUGGG